AGCAAUUCCAAACUUCGACGUCGACAGAUCCCAUCCCUCCACGACCGCUUUCGUCGACCCCCGUUUCGCCCUUCCCUUCACCAGUAUCCCAGACCGGUUUACGUGAUAUACAGCCAAAAUGUCUAAAAGAGGUCGUGGUGGUGCCGCUGGCAACAAGCUCAAGAUGACUCUCGGUUUGCCUUGCGGCGCCGUGCUGAACUGCUGCGACAACUCCGGAGCUCGCAACCUGUACAUCAUCUCGGUCGCGGGUUUUGGUGCCCGUCUCAACCGUCUCCCCGCUGCGGGUGUUGGUGACAUGGUCAUGGCCACCGUCAAGAAGGGAAAGCCUGAGCUUCGUAAGAAGGUCAUGCCCGCUGUUGUUGUCCGUCAGAGCAAGCCCUGGAGACGGCCCGACGGUAUCUACCUCUACUUUGAGGACAACGCUGGUGUGAUUGUCAACAACAAGGGUGAAAUGAAGGGAUCCGCCAUCACUGGCCCUGUCGGAAAGGAGGCUGCUGAGCUCUGGCCUCGUAUUGCUUCCAACUCCGGCGUUGUCAUGUAAAGUAAAGAACGAUAGUAAGAAAAAAUGGGGAUAUUCAAGUUCAGGAACCCGGAACGAAAUACCAAGGCGGAAUUUGGGUUGCAUAUUGAAGUUUCAUAAUUUCUGAAGCUGAACUAUUUCCUGUAACGCGCUUUUUUAUUGUUUUCUCUUUUUACUUACAACGGCGACUCGGAAAUAAAUGGAACAAAAAAAUCGGAAACUUUAAUGACCCAUUUGACGCCUAGCUCAGGAAUGGAAGAAGCAGCUUGAUGACAAGUAGAUGUCCAAGGUGACUAAAUAAAUGAAAUGGAG